CUUCCUCUCUUUCUCUCUCUUUCUCUCUUCAUUCUUUUACGACCUCGUGGAUUGGAGGGUUUUUCUCUGCGAAAUUUUCGGGGAACGAUUUCUCAGAAUCCACAGCACGGUUUUGCAUUCUGUCUGAUCGGCAAGAAAAAAGGUAAAAAUGGGAGAGAAUCUUCCGGAGGAUGUUCCGGCUCCGACCUCUACAGAUCACGAGGCCACGGAGGAGGGUGGCCAAAGUAAGUUGACUUCGGCGAACUCCGACGCCUCUGCCAUUUCCGUUGAUAAUUCUAAAGAUUUCUCGCUUCACUGCGCAACUGCGACAAUGCUGCAGGGCCAGUCAACAGAGUGGACAGAUGAGAGGCACAGUUUGUAUCUUGAUUCUUUAGAGGCAUCAUUUGUAAAUGAUUUGUAUCGUUCGAUAUAUUUGGGUGGCUCAUGCUUGCAAAAUAAUUUUUUGGGGACAUAUUCGUCACGAGCGUUUCCAGACAAGACUAAUAAUUCUGGACAGCAGUUCAUGGCUCCUCGAGAUGGCUGCUGGACGAAGAUCAACUAUGAAAGAAAUGGAACUAUUUUGAACACUGCAGUUGACUGCCAUGGUAUGACAGGAAGUCCAUGGAUACAUCAUUUUACAUCUUCAGGCAAACGCCAGUAUGUUGAAUUUCCUGAUCUUGACGAACAUACAUCUGACAAUGAGAGAAUCCACAUAAGAGGGAAGCUGACCGACUUCAAUGGGAGAGCAAGAAGUUCAAAUCACAAACCUGUAUGUGACAAAUGCGAAGAAGAUUCAGUUGGUAAUAUUACAGAGGUUUCUGAUCAGAACUUUGUGGAUGAAGACCAUGGAGCAAAGUCAAGCCGCAAACCCACAGCAAAAAGGCCAAAAGCGGUUGCAGAUGAUACUUCCAGCAAUGAUCAAGUUGUGCCAUCAAGAAAGUUCCAUACAACAGAUGUUUCGGUUGUUAAUAAUGCAUCAUCCGAAAGAGAAGAACAAAGACAAGGACGUAACGAAUUGUUAUCAGAGCAGCCUGAGGAUUUCAUUUUCCCCAAAUCUGAUCUUCAUUACUUUUUAAGAGGAAGCUGAAUCGUGAAGUAGCUUCGAAGCUUGACAGGUUAAUUGUUGGAACCUACACAUCUAAAGGAGAUAAAAGGCUAUACGUUUCCACGAUGGAAAAGAUUAAACCAGUAACUAUUCUUCAUGGAAAAAGUUCUCGGUGGAAAUGAUGUUGGUGAAUGGUGAUGCUGCCGGAAGACAUUUAUCAAAAAAGUACGCUAGGCUUAUGAUUAGAUAAUAGUUUUAUGAUUAAAUCAAGUUGAUAUGAAUUGUGUGCUGGUUAGCUAUUUUGAUAUAAGUUCUCUUUAAAUUCCUAUUCCUUUCGUUUUGUACCCAAUGCACUUGUAGACGCAUGACUAAUUAAUUAUACAUAGAAUUGGGAAAUUCAA